AUGCCGGGUUUAGUAUCUCUAAAAUCUCCAGUGGAGGCUCCGCCGUUGCGAAUCUCGGUACUCGAUGAGCUACACACCCCGAUCCCACCGGAACCUACCAGAUCCGAACCCGCUAACCCGAAAUCCAGCUCCCCGGCUCCUCGCCGUCCGCCCUCCCCUUCCCCGUCCACUUCACGCGCUAAGCCUUCUCUUGAUCGGAGUUCCGGCAAGAAGAAAUCGCCUGCAGAAAAGAGCCUUCUUGACGAAUCCUCCCUCGAAAACCCGGAUCUCGGCCCCUUUUUACUCAAGUUAGCCCGAGAUACGAUUGCGUCAGGCGAGGGUCCGAACAAGGCCCUUGACUACGCGUUGAGGGCAGCGAAAAGUUUUGAGAGGUGUGCGGUUGAGGGAGAACCGAGCUUGGAUUUGGCGAUGAGUUUGCAUGUUGUGGCGGCGAUUUACUGCAGUUUGGGGAGGUUUGAGGAGGCGGUGUCUGUUUUGGAACGGGCAAUUAAAGAGCCCGAGGUGUCGAGGGGUGCGGAUCAUGCGCUUGCGGCUUUCUCCGGUUACAUGCAGCUCGGUGACACGUAUUCAAUGCUUGGGCAGCUGGAUCGGUCCAUUGAUUGUUAUAAGGAAGGAUUGAAGAUACAGAUGGAAGCCUUGGGGGAUAAUGAUCCCCGAGUUGCCGAGACUUGCCGGUACUUGGCAGAAGCCCAUGUUCAAGCAAUGCAAUUUGAUGAAGCUGAGAAUAUGUGCAAGAAAACACUUGAAAUCCACCGUGUGCAUAGCCCACCUGCUUCUCUUGAAGAAGCAGCUGAUCGUCGGUUAAUGGCUCUCAUAUGUGAGGCUAAAGGAGAUUAUGAAUCAGCACUGGAACACCUUGUACUUGCCAGCAUGGCAAUGAUUGCCAAUGGACAAGAAAAUGAGGUUGCAGCUAUUGAUGUUAGCAUUGGCAACAUAUACUUAGCCCUUACUCGCUUUGAUGAGGCAGUUUUUGCCUACCAAAAGGCGCUCACUGUCUUCAAAUCUUCAAAGGGUGACAACCACCCGUCAGUUGCCUUGGUCUUUGUACGGCUUGCUGAUCUAUAUUACAAGACAGGAAAACUAAGGGAAUCUCGAUCUUAUUGUGAAAAUGCUCUGAGAAUAUAUGCUAAACCAGUACCUGGAACUACUGCAGAAGAGAUUGCAAGUGGGAUGGCUGAAAUUUCAGCCAUUUAUGAAAUGUUCAACGAACCUGAGGAGGCUCUGAAACUUCUGCAGAAGGCUAUGAAACUUUUGGAGGAUAAGCCAGGGCAGCAGAGUACAAUUUCUGGUAUCGAAGCACGGAUGGGCGUGAUGUUUUACAUGGUCAGGAGAUAUGAAGAAUCACGGAGCUGUUUUGAGAGUGCUGUAGCAAAACUUAGGGCCAGUGGUGAGAGGAAAUCAGCAUUCUUUGGAGUUGUGUUGAACCAAACGGGAUUGGCAUGUGUACAGUUGUUUAAGAUAGAUGAGGCUGUGGAGUUUUUUGAAGAAGCUAGAGAAAUAUUGGAGCAAGAGUGUGGCCCUUGUCAUCAGGAUACUCUUGGUGUCUACAGCAAUCUUGCAGCAACUUAUGAUGCCAUGGGAAGAGUUGAAGAUGCAAUAAAGAUCCUGGAGUAUGUUCUUAAAUUGAGGGAGGAAAAACUUGGAACAGCAAAUCCCGAUUUUGAUGAUGAGAAGAAAAGGCUAGCUGAGCUAUUGAAAGCAGCAGGUAGGUCUCGAAACAAAAAGGCAAAAUCACUUGAAAACCUUAUUGACCCAAAUUCUAAUACUAGGACAAUGAAAGAGACCUCAAAGAAGAGGUCUGCUUUCGGGUUUAGAAGUUGA